CCGACGCUGCAAACGGCGUCAUUUGCCAAGGGAUCAGCGGCGUCGUCGCGUCCCGCUGUAUACUUUUUGUUUUCGAUUUGCGGAUGGUCACUUUUACUGAGAUACGAUGGCAGUUUGUUUUGUUUGUGAUGCAAAAUUGUAYGGGGAACGUACACGCGUAUCUUCAAGCAUUACACCACACAGUAAUGUUCCAUACGCAGACAAGAUUUGUGAACUYAUGGGAGAGGAAUUUGUUAUAAUUGUUACACCGGCUGAUCUUAUGUGCAAGAGAUGCACAUCACUUCUAAUUCAUAUUGACAAGUUAGAAAAUGAUUUGAAACUUGUUAAAAAUGCAAUGUUAUCUUAUGUGCAAAAAAAAUAUGGAUUAUUGCCUGCUGGUCAGCCUGUUAAGUCAAUUGAAGUUGUCAAUGGGAACUUAAGAACUGAUGACUUAGMGAUAGGUCAGAGAAGAGUUCCUAGUGGUUUGACAGUUAGAGGAGAACCUUCCACUAGUGCUAGUGGAAGUAAUGCUUCAUCUGCUUCAUCGCCGCGAACAAGACAAGACUCUUCAAAAAUAAAAAUAUACAAAUGUGGUUUUUGUUCAUUCCAAUCUAAAGACCUUGGUCAUGUUCGUUUCCAUAUGCGUUCUCAUAUGAAAAGAAAAGAAAAUGAAAGAUCAAACCAAACUGUGACAAAAACAGUAACUCAGCUGAUGGUUCUUACAGAUCAACCAUCAACUAGUUAA